UUCCUCGGAGGUUGGUUUUCGCGCGUUCCUACUCUGUGAUUCACUCAAAGACGUAUUUCUUGGGUUCGUGUCGAGGCCUGUGUCGUCGAAAUACUUCCGCUGUCUUGUGUAAUCGCAUGCCGUCCUAAUAUGGCCGGUGGCGGUGGUGUGCUUGUGUCUUCUGUCUCCCAGCAACGUUUGAAUGGAUCUGGUGACAAACAGACUGGCCUGAGUGGAGACCCAUGUGAAGGAGUUGUUGACAGUGGCGCAGCUUACCUGUUGGAAUUGUUGGCUGAGAGAGAGAAAGUGAGCGGGCACGCUGCCAGACUUCUGGAUCAAGAAAUACACCGGCUUCAAAUCGGGAGCAAAGCACAGACAACACUCUCCGUCCCAUCGCCAUUGCUAGACAUCCACAAAGGCCGAUGCAUCCGUCUUCAAGUUCGUAUCCUGGUUCCUGUUAAGGAUCAUCCCAACUUUAAUUUUGUCGGCAAGCUGCUGGGACCCAAAGGAAACUCGCUCAAACGGCUUCAGGAAGAAACACAAACCAAAAUGGCCAUUCUCGGUAGAGGAUCCAUGCGAGACAAAGGGAAGGAAGAAGAACUGCGUCAGUUGAGGGAGCCCAAAUACGCUCACCUGCAAGAGGAGCUUCACGUAGAAGUGACAACGUUCGCGCCGCCCGCCGAAGCCUACGGACGAAUGGGAAACGCCAUCGCCCAGCUAAAGCCUUUCCUCGUUCCAGAUUACUACGACGAGAUUCGGCAAACGCAGUUGCGUGAGCUGGCAAUCUUGAAUGGCGACAAAAAGAACAAGUCCAAAAGCAACGUCGACGGCGCCAUGUCCCCUGGAGAGCCACCUCACCAAGCUUCCGUCAGUGUCGCAGCACAGGUUGCGAACGGGAUGUCAACGUCGCCUUUGCCCCGGCCGUCACCUCAGGUGACGAGAGCUGCUACGUUCAUGAUCCCAGGGGGCCGCAUGAUUCCCAGCGGUGUCCGUCUCUCGACCCGGGAAGGCGCAGUGAGGCUCCGACCGGCUGCUUCUCUGCCUCCCAUGCGACGCUGUGCAACUCUCCCAGUUCACCGUACUGCGACGGGCAUUGAGACGAUAGCGACAUCUGCAGAAGGAGAGGAGUUUUUGUACGGAGAUGAGUACCCAGAGUGUCCUGCCAACAGCGUGUACGAUCCUGACUACGCUACCGUUGAAGAACACGAAUUCAGCCAUCACCAACAGGAUAACAUCCAGAGCAAUGGCUAUGCUACAGAAGGCGAAUUUCUCGAGUGGUCCAGCUCUCCACUACGGAGCCCACAGAUCUCCAGCCGCCUCAAGUCCAACCGAAUAGUCACCCGUCACUUGUACCGUCCCUAUGGACCAUGUCCUGCCAGGUUCUAGCCAGCUCCUAUCCAUCACGUGACAACACAAUCCAUUACGAGCCACAUCCGUCUUCGGUGCCAAAGACUCACAUAGGGACGCAAGGAAGGCAGGAUACUUCACAAGCACCUCACAAUCGUCCGUCGCUGCUGAACUAUAAUUUCCAAAACAUGUGAUGUGAAUUUCAUGUGACUGUGUACUGUGAAGGUUUUGAUCCCUUUUCGCAAGAAAUGAUUGAGUUAGCGGGCCGCUUCCACUGCAUAACUUUUAUGCGUGUCCAUUUUCAACUGACAAGGCGAGGAGGAAGGAGUGGGAGACACCCACUUGUGUAUAGUACGGGGAGGGGGGGGGGCGAUGUUAACGAAUUAUAUAGGUUAUUUCCUGCGUCAAGAGGAGUCUUUGGGAUGGAUGAUUCGCGACCACGUUUACUUCACAGCCUUUCGAAAAAAAAAAAAAAAGAAUUGUACGGUGACCAAACAGUUUGUUGUGCAUACAAGAGUCUCUAUAGUUUGUAUGAGUGUAUUAUACAUUGUUUGAUACGUGUACAGUUCAUGAUUGUGACGUUCAUGGUGUCGAAUGUAACCUGAUACUACGAAGGUCAAAUUUCCUACUGUUAUCGUGUCUUCACACGGGCGACAUUCCACGGAAAACAGUCCGGUGGAAGAUGCGAAAAACGUCAUAGCUUUCUGCUGCUACGCAAGCGUGAGCUCUCAACGUCAUUUUUCUUCGUGUACCGCUAAUCGUUGCAGAAGAAAUCUGUAGCAGACGACAGGAAAAGAUGCAGACGUGUCGUCUGGUAAGUGUUCACGCCCAACUUAACACGCGGCGGAACUUGUUCCCUUUAAGCAGUUUUUUUUCUUUUUUCGCUUUUUCUUCCACUAGAAUAUUCCUUGGGGAUGUUGCUCGUGUAAGUACACGGCUACACGCGAAAAUGCCAAGCAUUUUGAGAAUGGACAUUACGAACCUGCCCCAAUACAAAUAGAUACGAGGCUCCCUUGUGAGCAGUCUACCGAGGGAAAGUUGAUGGCCGUUGUUGUAUUUCGGACGUGAUAGCAUAUACUUAUAACGCAGACGCUAGCUCAUACGAAUUCUGCACGUAGCACAUUCCUUGCACGCUCUUUUGUUGGUUGGAACCCCUAAUGAUCUAUGACGGUAUGGACUACAUCAUCCCUUCUCAGCAAUCCCGGAAUGACUGCCCGUCCAAUUUAUAGGGCAUAAAGCAGGCUGGACGAGCCUAUGUACGUUGACCAUCUUGAGAGAACGGCAGGCAAACGAUAGCGUACUUUCUAGUCUUUGAGUGCACUCACGAAUUUCACUGGUCCCGCACACUUGAACACAUAAAAGAAUUGAAAUAUUGCACAUGUAUAUAUUUAAAGCACAAGUAGGACGUACUACCCACCUUUGUGACACUUCAUCGCCAUUUCGACAUUAUUCUGCAGUAUUGAUAUUCUAACGGCACUAAAGAGGGAACACUGACAUUUCAAUGGAAUAUGCCCCCUAUCGUCAUCAAAGUAUCAGUGCCCGUAGUAACAGCUAACAUAUCGAUAUGUGCCACCGAAGAAGAAAACAAUGCUCUACCUACAUCACAAUCUCUUAGCGCACCAGCUUGAAUCCACAGCACGGUAUAUUCACCUGUACAGUUUGGCGGAAAACCGCGUGCAACACCGUGGUAUAAUGUCCAGUGACUCGUGGUGCUUAAAUCGUAUUUAUGUACGUCAUUAAUAUUGCAUUGCGACCAAAGCAUGGCUGCCUAGAGGGAAUUAUGCUAAGCGAAUGUACUAUAUAAUCAGCAGCCAGAAUCCGUGUGUACCUACGUAGUGCUUCGUACCUAGAGGGUCCUACUGUUAAACAGUUUUGAACCAGUCUUGCAUACAAUAAAUAUAUUGUAUUUAUAUUAAAGAGACCA